AUGGAUAACUAUGGAUACCGACCGGACAGCUGCGAGUUUGAGGGCCCUCCUGUUUAUGAAGAAGCAGAGGAAGAGAAAGCAACUUUGAUUGACGACUACCAGCCUGGAGGGUGGGACAUCUUCAGAACCGAAAGAGAUCAGUCGACUUCUUCGACUUCCGAGAGAAACAUCUGGAAGUUCAUCAAUGCCAUCGUCAAACUGCUCUUCUGUAUCCUUCUCUUUGGACUUGUCCUGGGGACCAGCGUGCUGACCAAACUCAUCUUCUUGGUGAUGACAUACAGAAUCAAUCCUAUGGGGCAAGCAACAGAAAUCACACUGGUGGACUCUGAGAACGCAACUAUAGUUCUCAAGGCUUCUUCACACAGCAUUGACGUCUCGUGGAUUUGGGCCAUCAUGAUGACAAUCUGGGCCCCGUACUUUUUCUCUGUGGUGUCCUGCCUGCUGCACCUCAUGUUCAAGAAGUGCCCGCCUCUAUCUCUAGUCCCCUUGAUAGUGAACAUUGUCAUCGAAAGUAUCCACACAAUUGCCUUGAUGGUCUUCGUCUACGUGGUCCUGCCAACCUUUGACCCCCUGAUGGCCUCCACCCUGACCCUAACAGUAUUCGCAUUUCCUUCCCUCCUGCGAUUCCUGGAACACUUCUCGUUCAUCUGCUGCCCAUCACUGAUUAGAUCUGGACACAAGAGACACAGUACUGGAUACUCCAUCUUCAAAUGGCUGUUGGAUACACUCUCCAAUGUUGUUCUUUGUUUACACGCACCCGCCUGUUACCCAUUUCCCAUUUUCAAAUUUCUCUUCCAAAAUUACCUUUACUUUCAGGUAAAAAUAGACCUACUAACGUAUUUAUGGAAAAUCAUCGUCACUUUCGUCGGCGUCAUCAUCAUGUUUGGAUCCGGCGGAGGCAGGUGCCUGGACACGCUCUUCUUCAGAUCACAAAACGCCACGUCCAAGUGCACAGUGUUUAACAAUGUAACCCUUUACGACGGAUUCACUAACUACGGCAAUCCUGAUGGAUGCGAGGUCUAUCAUGCCUUCUACUACGCGUUGGUCAGUAUCCUGUCCAGUGUGGUCUGUUACAAUGUCGGCAAAGCGGCGUGUCAAGUGAGAGCCCAGUUGCUGUGCUUCGCGUUGCCUCUGAUGCUCCAUCUGUUUUCCUGCACCUUCCCAUGGGUGCCUCCAAUCCAAGAUAUGAACCGUUUUUUCCUGGUCUACAAUGAGAACUUCUGGUUUGCUGCAAGUGUCCUCGUGAUGUUUUCGUACGUGCUGAUUGGUCGACAAAUCUGGAGACAGCAGAACCGGCGAAUGGCGCGGGCUCAUAUGCUGUUCUCGAAACCACUGUACUGUGGAGUACUGUUGGAGCAGUCCUUGGUGUUUCAUAGAUCUAGAGACAAGGUACCUCAGGAACAGAAGGUGAGUGAAGACGAUACGAACUUUGACCUGGCGGAUACCUCCAAGAAUCGAACCGAUUACACCCCUUACGUAUACAUCUGCGCUACCAUGUGGCACGAGACAGAGAAUGAGAUGAUUCAGAUGCUUCGCUCGAUCGUUAGACUGGACGCCGACCAGAGCGCUAGACGCAUUGCCAUGAAAGCCUUUGAGACCAAUACUGAUUAUUAUGAGUUUGAAGCGCACAUCUUCUUCGACGACGCCUUCGAGGAACACGACGAGAAGGAGUCCAGAUACGAUGUCAACGAUUGGGUGAAGAUGCUGGUGAAGGUGGUGCCUGAAGCUACUGACCUGGAGCACGGUACCGAGAUGAACGUCCCCACACCCACCAUGGUCAGUACCCCGUAUGGAGGUCGCCUGGUCUGGUGUCUACCUGGAGGUAACACUCUUACUGCCCACCUGAAGGACAAGACCUUGAUUCGACAUCGAAAACGCUGGAGUCAGGUGAUGUACCUGUACUACUUUCUUGCCCACCAACUCAUGUCCGAGCCCAUCAACGACAUGCGGAAAAUGGUUCGAGCCCAGAACACCUUCCUACUGGCUCUAGAUGGUGAUGUCGACUUUCAGCCUGAUGCACUGCGACUUCUAAUCGACAGGCUCAAGCUCAACCCCCACGUGGCAGCAGCCUGCGGCCGCAUUCAUCCUAUUGGAUCAGGUCCCAUGGUGUGGUAUCAAAAGUUUGAGUACGCUAUCAGCCAUUGGUUGCAGAAAGCGACAGAACACGUCAUUGGCUGUGUUCUGUGUAGCCCUGGAUGUUUCAGCUUGUUCCGAGGCUCUUCUUUGAUGGACGACAACGUAAUGAGAAAGUACGCCACGCCGCCAUCAGUUGCUAGGCAUUACGUCCAGUAUGACCAAGGUGAAGAUAGAUGGCUCUGUACGCUCCUUCUCCAGCAAGGUUACAGGGUCGAGUACUGCGCUGCCUCCGACAGCUUCACCUAUGCUCCCGAGGGAUUCUAUGAGUUCUACAACCAGAGGAGACGAUGGGCUCCACAGACAGAACGACUACAUGUCCCCUUGUCAAUUCCUUCCUCCCUAGACCUCCUUGAGAGCUGGAAAACUGUCACCAAGAAAAACGAGGACAUCUCCCUGCUCUACAUCGCCUACCAGUUCGCCAUGAUGGCCUCCUCCAUCCUGACCCCCGGCACCAUCUUCAUCAUGAUCGUGGGUGCAAUCAACACAGCCUACCCCGAGAUCCCCCUCUUUGGGAGCCUGCUCGUGAACGCUAUCCCCGUGGCCAUCUUCAGUCUGCUGGUGUUUACCUCCAAAUCAAGCAUUCAGCUGUUAUUUGCCGCUAUUGUCUCCAUCAUCUACGCUGUCUUGAUGAUGAUAGUGCUGGUGGGCCUGAUUAGACAGAUAGCGGACUACGGCUUCUGCUCGGUGACCACCAUCUUCUUCAUUACCGUUGUGGGCAUCUUUGUCAUGGCUGCUAUUCUACACCCGCAGGAGUUCACCUGCAUCCUGCAUGGUCUUCUGUACUUCGUCUCCGUGCCUUCGAUGUCGCUUCUCCUGAUCAUCUACUCUCUUGGGAACCUCCAUGUGGUGUCUUGGGGCACACGAGAAGUCUCCAAACCCGUGACUUCUACACCUGAGACAGACAGAAAGAAGCAGAAUACGGUCCAGAAGUGGGUGUCCAAGUUCACCGGUGGAAUAGAUAUGGACAGUUACACAAGUAGAGGUAGUCUGCUUAGCUGCGUGUGCUGCUCCAAGACUGUUGACGUGGACUCCAGCAAACAGCAUCUCCUGCAGCCACAUCUCCCACACAGCGAUGGAGGUGUGUCAUUGAAUCACGCCUCGGUUAUAGACACUCAGCCAGGUAAGAAUGUGUACAAGGUUAGAAAAACACUCAGUUCGAUCCCGUCAAACCGCGGCUCCCUCUUUUAUGACACCACUAAUACUGUUUCAGAAAACGUACCCAGCCGGACCAGGAGCCACUGGAUGGAAACAAUCCCAGCCACCAAAUCCUCUGGUUUGCCACUGAAAGAGAAAGUAUUCUUCAAAGAGUUGAUUGUGAAGAAGGAUUUGCUGGAAUUAAGAAACAAGACAUUCCUGGCGUUUGCUCUCAUCAAUUGUCUGUUUGUGGUGCUGGUGUUUAUGCUUCAGCAGGUCUCCAAAAGCACGCCCAACUUGACCAUCACGCUUGACUGCUCACUGUCGGGGUUUAGAAGUGAAGGGUUUGAACCCAUCUCUAUGGCGUUUAUGCUGGUGUUUGGCAUUGUGCUAGUGAUCCAGUUCUUUGCUAUGUUGGUGCACAGAAUAUCUACAUUCUUGCACAUCGCAGCAGCAGCCAACAUCCAGGAUCUGGCGGGAACUGGCAUGAGAG